AUGGCCGAGCGCCGGGCGGGCACCAAGGGCCGGCGCAUGGGCUCCAGCCGGCGGCAGUUCCUGAGGUCCCAAAAAGCUGCCAGGGAUCACCGCCGGCGGAAAACCGCAUCCCGGAGGGUCCGCUUGGUCCUCCCCAGCCCGGCGUUGGAGGGGGCGGACAGCGAGGAGCGGAGACGAUUCGCAGCCUUCAUGGACCAGCUGGGCACGGACAACGCCUCUGAUGAGCAGGAGAUCUGGGAGCUCUGGGUGAAGCUCCGACAGGAUGAACCCCAACUCCUGGGAAACCCGGAGGACUUUCUGGCCAAGAUGAGGCACCGCAUCCAAGAAGCCAGGAGCAAGAAGGAGGCUUUGGAGGUGACCCUGAACAGGCGUGUGGCUGAGCACGACAAGGAGGUGCAGCAGCUCUGCGGGGCCCUGGAGCAGCAGAUCCGGCCGGAGCAGCAGCAGCUGGAGCAGGAGAGUGUGGUCAGGAGCCGGCAGCACGGCGCGGAGCUGCAGCGGGCGCUGGAUGCCAGCGAGAGGGAGAUGCAGCGCUUGGUCAUGGCACAGAUGGAGCUGGAGACGCAGUGCCGCAGCCUCCGCAGCACACAGCAAACCGCUGCCACCGAAAACCAGCAGCUGGAGGAGAGCAACCGGGUGCUGGAGGAUCGCCUGCAGCAUCUCCACCGGCAGCUCCAGCAGACCCACGGGCACCUGCGGGCUGCCAGGGCUGCAGCAGCUCAGGGGCACGCGGAGGAGCCCGGGGACAGAGCGGUGGCAGAGCUGCCUGGAGAGAUGUCCCUGUCCCCAUCCCCACAGGAUGGUGCUGAGCCCCAAACGGGGAUGGAGAGAGCCCCAGCCCAUGGCACAACCCCCAGGGUCCUGCCUGAGACCUUCUCCAUCCUCGUCGGUCACGAGCUGUUUGAAGGGGACCUGAAAGAGGGACCAGAGGUGACACAGGCUGGUGCGUCCGCGGGAGCCGGGCACCGCAGGGCUCAGGAGCUGGGGACAGAGCAGGGAGAGAGCCCGGAGGAGGCACAGAGGUUGUUAUUCCUGCAAGGAAAGGGCACUGGUGGGAAGGAGCAGAUGCUAAAGGCGGCCGAGCAUCCGCAAGGAGCAGCGGGAGAGAGCGUGGAGGCAGGAGAGGAGGUGCUCGAGGUGGAGGGAGAAGGGUGGAUGCAGGAAAAAACAGGUUGGGAAGAGGCAAAACUCUCGGGAGAAGCUGAGGAAGCGGCAUUAAACCAGGGAGAAAAGCUGGAGGCAGGUCUGGGGCCGCCUGAGGCUGGGGAGGCAGCGGGACGGCGGCUUGGCCCAGCUGCGGGCGCAGGGCUGGAGGAAGAGGCUGAUCCACCAUCGGAGCUCUCCGAGAAACUCGAGAUAAAGCCUGGAGAGCACCUGGAGCCAGAGCCACCGGCCUGGGGUGGGGUGCCAAUGGGAGCAGCCCAUGGGGACAAUGUCCUCCUCGAGGGAGCAGGAGCUGGGCAGGGAGAGGGGGCUGGUGCGGGCGUGCAGCCAGGGGAGGAGGCUGGGAUCCUGGAUAUGGUGAUGGACCAGAGCACUGAUGGACAUGUGAAGCCACUUGGAGAACUGGAUGAGCUCAAACUGACCCCAGGAGGGAGCAUGGAGGCAGAUCUGCAGCUCUCGAGUGAGGCCAGAUGCCCAGGGACAGAGCAGGGAGGGAGUGUGUCUCCAGAUGUGCAACCCCUGGAUCAGGUUGAUAAACCAGCGUUAGGGGAAAUGGAGGCAGAGGAUGCCCAGGCAGACAUGCAGCUCCUUGGGGGUGCCAGCCCAGAAACCCCCCAGGGAGGGGGGGACUGUGCAGCCGUACAGCUCAAGGAGGAGGCUGAGGAUGGGGAAGGGCCAGAGGAGCACGAGCUGACAGAUGAGCCUGUGCUUGAUGCGCAGGGAGCAGGAGCUGGGCAGGGAGAGGGGGCUGGUGCGGACGUGCAGACAGGGGAGGAGGCUGGGAUCCUGGAUGUGCUGGAGGAGCAGAGCAGGGAUGCACAUGUGCAGCUCCUUGCAGAGGUGAAGGAACUCAAAUCAGCUCCAAGAGGGAGAAUGGGGAUAGAUCUGCAGCCCUUGAAAGAGGCUGGCUCCCUGGGGACAGAGCAGGGAGGGAGCAUGGCUCCAGAUGUUCAACCCCUGGAUCAGGCUGAUAAACCAGCGUUAGGGGAAAUGGAGGCAGAGGAUGCCCAGGCAGAUGUGCAGCUGCUUGGGGGUACCAGCCCAGAAACCCCCCAGGGAAAGGGGGAUGGUGCAGCCGUACAGCUCGAGGAGGAGGCUGAGGAUGGGGCACAAGGACAGGGUGAGCAGGAGCUGCCAGAGGAGCCUGUGCUUGAUGCCCAGGGAGCAGGAGCUGGGCAGGGAGAGGGGGCUGGUGCGGGCGUGCAGCCAGGGGAGGAGGCUGGGAUCCUGGAUGUGGCGGAGGCCCAAAGCACUGAUGCAAGUGUGCAGGCAGAGGAGCUCAAACCACCCUCGGGAGGGAGCACAGAGGCGGAUGGGACCCCCCUGGGUGCAGCUGGGAUGUGGGUAGGGGAGCAGAGCUGGGCUCCUGGUUCGGAGGCAGGUCUGGGUGCAGUUCACACGGCAGACAUGUGGGAGGAGGCUGCGGGUGUCCGUGUGUCCCCUCCACCCGAGGCCGCAUUGUGUCCUGAGCAUGCUGCUGCUGCCAAGGGUCCUGGGCUGGAAGCAAAGCUGGGAGCGCUCCCUGGUCCUGAUGGGCAAAUCCCUGAGGAUACCCAGACCCUGGAAUUAGCACAGGGAGAGAGGGAUGCUGCAGAGGGGAAGCCUCUGGAUGGAGCUCAAGGGCUGGAAGUGAUGCAGGGGGAGAGGCUGGAGGCAGGGGCGAGAAGUUUAGUCAAAAUUCAGGGUGUAGGGAUAAGGCAAGAUCAUGAUGCUGGUGCAUCUGCGCUGCCCACCCCGGUCUCCGAGGUGCCGUUCCAAAUCAGCACGCUAGAGCUGGAAACGCUGAUGCAGGAGGAUGUUCUCGUUCCAGAUGUGCGUCAGCUGGGCGCCUCGGGACAGGCAGCCCAAAGCCAGCUCCAGGAGCAGGUCUCAGCACAGGGAGAUGAGGGGAGGCUCCACUCUGCUUCCCGGCAGCUGGAGGAGAAGCUGCUGCACAUGGUGGAAACGGAGCAGGUAGCUGCUGGAUCUGCCAAGCCUCCCAAACAAGAGAUGCCACCAACGUCAACCCUUCGCAUGGGGGUCCAGCAGGAGGAAGAUGCUGGGAACGAUCAGUCGGGGAUGGACGUUGGAGACAGCUCGCUGGGGGAUGCAGCCAACAGCAAGAUGCAGCCUCAAAGGCAGCUCUUGGGAGAACAGAGGGAAGAUCUUGACGUUGGUCGGUGGGAGAAGAAGCAAGCGGCUGGGCGGAAAGCAAGCCAGCAAGGAGAGCUCAGACAUGGGGAGCCAGGGGCUGUGACUGCAGGUGGGGCAGGAGCUGCCCCACGGGGUUCUCCUGUGACUGCAGGUGGGGCAGGAGCUACCCCACGGGGUUCUCCUGAAGCCUCCCCGGACCCAGACCACCUCUACAAUGUGCUGUUCGUCGGGGACUCCCACGUGGGCAAAACAUCGUUCCUGUACCGGCUGCACGCCGACACCUUCAACCCACACCUCACCGCCACAGUGGGGCUGGAUUAUCAGAUCAAAAACCUCGUCGUGGACAACAAGCGGUUUGCUCUCCGCCUGUGGGACUCGGCGGGGCAGGAAAGGUACCGCAGCAUCACCAAGCAGUUCUUCCGGAAGGCGGACGGCGUCGUGCUGAUGUACGAUAUCACGUCGGAGUAUUCCUUCUCGGACGUGCGGUACUGGCUGAGCUGCAUCCAGGAAGGAGCAGAGGAUGGAGUUGCUAUUCUGCUUCUUGGGAACAAAACCGACUGUGCUGCAGCGAGACAGGUCCCUACCGCCGAGGGGGAGCGCUUGGCCAAGGAGCAUCAGCUCAUGUUUUACGAAUGCAGCGCUGCCUCGGGUCACAACGUCUGCGAGUCCAUGGUCAGCUUCAUCAGGCUGCUCAAAGUUCGUGAAGAUGAAUUGAAAAAGAAGGCAGAGGAG